GAGACAGACGGGAGGGGAGGCCAGGGACAUCCCCACCCUGCCCAGAGGAGGAGGAGACGAGCUGGUUAGGGAGGAGCAAGUGUCCAGCCGCAAGAAACAACUGGAAGAUUACCUCAACAAGCUCCUCAAGAUGCCGACAUAUCGCAACUACCAUGCCAUGAUGGAGUUCAUUGACGUCAGCCAGCUGUCAUUCAUCCAUGAUCUGGGUCCGAAAGGCUUAGAAGGCAUGGUUCUGAAGCGCUCUGGCGGCCAUCGGAUCCCGGGACUCAACUGCUGCGGUCACACCAAAAUGUGUUACCGCUGGUCCAAACGGUGGCUGGUGGUGAAGGACUCGUUCCUGCUGUACAUGAAACCCGACUCGGGCGCCAUUUCCUUCGUGAUGUUGUUCGACAAGGAAUUUAGCGUCAAGAUGGACUCGAAGGACACGGACACACAGCACGGCGUGCGCGUCGACAGCCUGUCCAGGUGCUUAGUGCUGAAGUGCAGCAGCUACCGGCACGCCCGCUGGUGGGGGCAGGCCAUCGAGGGCUUCGUACACAAACACGGCGCCGCCUUCCUCACCGACCAUCGCUUCGGCUCUUUCGCCAGGCAGGAGGAGAACAUCCCCGCCAAAUGGUACGUGAAUGGGAAGACAUACAUGGAAGAUGUGGCCAAUGCUCUCGAGGAGGCCAAAGAAGAAAUCUUCAUCACCGACUGGUGGUUAAGUCCGGAGAUCUUCCUGAAGCGGCCCAUCGUGGAGGGCAACCGCUGGCGUUUGGACCACCUGCUGCGGCGUAAAGCGCUGCAGGGCGUACACAUCUACGUCAUGCUGUACAAGGAAGUGGAGCUGGCGCUUGGUAUCAACUCGGGAUACAGCAAGCUGACGCUACGCCACCUUCACCCCAACAUCAAGGUGAUGCGUCACCCUGACCACGUGUCGUCCGCCGUGUACCUGUGGGCUCAUCACGAGAAGAUAGUGGUCAUCGACCAAUCGGUGGCCUUCGUGGGCGGGAUCGACAUGGCGUACGGUCGCUGGGACGACCGAGAACACAGGCUCACCGACGUGGGGAGUGUCACUUUCUCGCAAACGGAGCAGGUUGAGGCAUCAUCCGCCAACGUGGCCACCCAAGCCAACGGCAAGGGCGACGGCAGCUACGGGAACGCCGCCUUUUCGGCAGACGACACGGUGGUGCAACCGAAGAUCAAAGGUCAGAGCAGAAUGCGGAGGGCCAAAAUGAGCAUCAAGCGCCACCUGCAAAAGCACGGGUUGGCCCACGCCGACAGCGAUGACGAACUUGACCCAGACGCGACAGAAAGCGAGGCGGAGCGGAACCUGCAGUCGUGCGAAGAUGACUUGUGCGGGAACACGCGCUUCUGGCACGGCAAAGAUUACUGCAACUUUGUGCAUAAGGACUGGAUCGAACUGGACAAACCUUUUGAUGAUUUCAUCGACCGUCACGUGACGCCCAGGAUGCCCUGGCACGACAUCUCGUCGGUGGUUCACGGCAAAGCGGCGCGUGACGUGGCCAGACACUUCAUCCAGCGAUGGAACUUCACCAAGAUUGUGAAGCCGAAAUAUCGUUUGUUGUCCUUCCCCUACCUUCUGCCCAAGUCGCACACCACCGCUGGCCAUCAGCGUUACCAAGUCCCCGGGUGCGUCAACACCAAAGUUCAGAUCCUUCGCUCAGCGUCUGACUGGUCGGCCGGCAUCAAGUACCACGAAGAGUCCAUCCACAACGCAUACGUGCAGGUCAUCGAGAAGAGCCAGCAUUUCAUUUACAUCGAGAAUCAGUUCUUCAUCAGCUGUGCAGACAACAGACACGUUUUCAACAAGAUCGGAGACGCCAUCGCUGAACGAAUCAUCAAAGCGCACAGGGAAGGUAAAAAGUACCGCGUGUACGUGGUCACGCCUCUGCUGCCAGGCUUUGAAGGUGAUAUCCGCACCGGGGGAGGAAGCGCCAUCCAGGCCAUCAUGCACUUUAACUACAGGACCAUGAACAGAGGCGACCACUCCAUCAUCUCCCAGCUCAAAAGAGAAAUGGACGACCAGUGGAUCAACUACAUCUCCAUCGCCGGCCUGAGGACGCACGCUGAGCUAGAGGGGAAACUGGUCACCGAGCUCAUCUACGUGCACAGCAAGAUGCUCAUCGCCGACGACAACACCGUCAUCAUCGGCUCGGCCAACAUCAACGACCGCAGCAUGCUGGGAAAGCGGGACAGCGAAGUGGCCGUGAUCGUGGAGGACUCGGAGACGGUGACGUCGGUCAUGGACGGGCUGAAGUACCAGGCGGGACGCUUCGCGCUGCACCUUCGCGUCGAGUGCUUCAAGACGAUUUUGGGCGCUCACACCGAUGCCAGCAUCGACGUGUCGGACCCCAUCAGCGAUCAGUUCUACAAGGAAGUCUGGAUGACCACAUGCGCCCGCAACGCGACCAUCUACCAGAAGGUGUUCCGCUGCCUCCCGUCCAGCGACGUGCGCAAUAUCCUCGAGCUGGAGGGCUACCUGAGCAAGCCGGGCCUGGACCAGGAAGAUCCGGCCCGAGCCCGAGAGGAGCUCAAGAAGAUCCGCGGCUUCGUGGUGCAGUUCCCUCUGCAGUUCCUCGCCGAGCAGAACCUCCUCCCUCCCAUCGGCUCCAAGGAGGCCAUGGUGCCCAUGGAGGUUUGGACCUGAGGCCCUUCCGGACGGACUCGCGGGACCUUUGCCCUUCCUCUCUCUCCUUCCAGCAAACCUCAAGAACUGAAAAGACUGACGACAGUAGAUGUAACUCGCGGCUCCUAGCCCCUCUUCGCAUGCUCCCAAAGUGCCAAACGGGCACCGACUGUUAAGCCGGCCCACAGGAAGUCGUUUGGUCUCUGGGGAAAAAAAAAA